AACGCUGUUCAGACCCAGCGGCAGGUCUCACCUGCAAGAUUCCUGCACCUCUCCUUCCGAAAUGUAAAUAACGUUCUGUUUCGGUCAGUGCUGCAAUUGUAAACCCGCACACAUUUGUUUGUCCCUCUUCGUGCUGCCGCAGUCAGGAAACACAUCGACUUCUCCACGCUUUAUUUUUUGGAUUUAAACCCCAAAUUGAGCAAGACUCUGAGAGAUUUCGGGGUCAGAAGUACCAUGGUCUGUCCGACGCCGCAGCGCUGUCGAGCUCCGUCCCAACCUAUAUCCAAGUCUAUCAGGCUUCCAAAGGAUAUACAAUAAUACAGUUGGUCAUGGAUGAUGCCACUGAACUGCGGACUGACGGGAAUUCCCUGCUAAAGGCUGUCUGGUUGGGAAGGUUGAGGUUAACCAGACUUCUAUUAGAAGGUGGAGCAUAUAUCAACGAGAGCAAUGAAAGGGGUGAGACUGCCCUCAUGGUGGCUUGCAUGACCAGGCAUGUUGACCAGCAGAGUGUCAGCAAAGCCAAGAUGGUCAAAUAUCUGCUGGAAAAUCAAGCAGACCCAAACAUUCAAGAUAAGUCUGGUAAAACAGCGCUAAUGCAUGCCUGCAUUGAGAGGGCUGGAGAGGAAGCUGUGUCCCUGCUGCUGACCAAUGGAGCUGAUCCAAGUUUGGAGGAUCAUUCGGGGGCAUCAGCCCUGGUUUAUGCCAUCAACACAGAUGACAAAGAGGUCCUUAAAUGUCUGCUGAAUGCCUGCAAAGCCAAAGGGAAAGAAGUCAUAAUAAUAACUACUGAUAAAUCUCCUUCUGGUACUAAAACAACAAAGCAGUAUCUAAAUGUUCCACCAUCUCCAGAGUUGGAAGAGAGACAUAUACCACUGUGUAUGUCCCCAUCUGAUAUUGAGCUCAAGACAUCUUUGACUCCAUCGCCUACCAAUGAGCAGGAAGAUGAGAAAUCCUUUAACUUCCAAGUAAUCUCACAUCAGACUACAAGUUACACCAGCAAACCGCACAAUGAUCUGGGCUCCCCCACCAGAAAAGCCAAUCCGAAGAGAAUCGGGACACGGCUGCCACAGUUAAAGAGGCUUCAGUCAGAGCCCUGGGGUUUGGUUGCUCCAUCUGUCUUAGCAGCUUCCGCUUACCAGGAGGAGAGCAAAAGAGUUAGCCCAGAUGAUGAGAUCAUGCAGGGUAUCAAUGGGUUGACCCUGCCCAAGCGAACCACAUUGUCCAGGACCAACAGCAUAGAGAGUAAAGACCCGUCUACAUUCCCGUUUGUCGGUGAUUCGACUUCUAGGACUCCUUCCACAUCGGCGCCAGUUUCCCGGAAGCAGUCCUACGAGAAGAACCAAGCUCAGCACCAGCCUUUAGCUCGAAGAAGCACCUUGCCUUCUGAGCAAGACAGUGUCAGCAGCUUUGCUUCAACUGGCCAAGUGAGCUUGCGGGACACUGUCCACCGCAGAAGACUGGGCAACGACCACUAUGAUUCAGACUCCCAACUUUAUUCAGAUUCAGUUACCAAUCCAUUUGAUACAGUAAAAGUCACUUUUGAAAGAAAGAAACACAACACCUCUCCUUUGACCUUGUUGAACAGUUCCCGUGAGUCUUUAGACAGCAUCUCCAGCACAUCACCUGGAUCUGUUCGCCGCAGGCCCCCAGGUCUUCUUGAAAGAAGAGGUUCUGGGACACUUCUUCUGGAUCACAUCUCUCACACAAGGCCAGGACAUCUGCCCCCACUGAACGUCAAUCCCAACCCACCCAUCCCUGACAUUGGGUGCAACAGCAAGCCUUCAUCCCCGCUGACCAUGUGCUUGAAGUCCGUGGUUCCCAUGGCACCAUCUUCACCAAAGCGAAAUGACAUGAAAGCCAAGAAGAAGCUGGUGAGAAGACAUUCGAUGCAGGUGGAACAAAUGAAGCAGCUGUCUGACUUUGAGGAGCUGAACACUUAGCGACACUAUGGUCUUUAUUUUAUGGAUCCUUUUGGAAAAGUAAGAUUAAUUCCUGUUAAACAAGUUCAGUGUUUUUCUUUAAAGUGAUUCAAUGCAUUGAGCUGGGCUGACUGGGUUAGAUUCCUUGAUUUUCUGUGGUGACUAUAAACCAAUCAAAUAUUGGACCAAAUAUGGAUAAAAUUCAAAUGUAUUGGGGUCAUGAAGUUAACUAUAAGGGCUUCUCAUAUAUAUCAUUUGUGACAUUCUGUUAUAGUGAUUACAGAGGACACUGGUCACCUCAUUGACGUUUGGUGCUGUAGGAGAUACAGGAUCCUCAUCACUUAUCACCUGGAAGUGAAUGCUAGCCUCCUGUUACAAAUCACCUGGAAUAUUUGCAUCGGUAGACAGACAGCUAGCUGCCUCAUUCUGUUGCUUGAGCCGUGCUUCAAUUGACUGCAGGGGAGGCGCCUGCCACUUGCCUGAUAUUUCUUUCAUCGACCGCAGGGGCACCAUGUCACUUGCUCAACAUAAUCAUAAACUGUGAAAACUUUGAUCUCCUUAGGUACAGCAUGGUAUUAGGCUCUUCGGUCCAACAAGCCCGUGCUGCCCAAUUACACCCAUGAGACCAAAUAAAUGGGUGCCACAGUAGCGUAGUGGCUAGCACGACACUGUUACAGAUCGGGGCCUCAGAGUUCAGAGUUGAAUCCCAGCAUCCUCUGUUAGGAGUCUGUACAUCCUCCCCUGAGAAUGUGUGGGUUUUCUCUCCAUGCUCUGGUUUCCUCCCACCAUCCAAAGACGUGCUGGUCUUUAUCAGGAUCUGAAGCAGGUUUAGAUGAAAUUUGUUAACUUUGCAGCAGCAGUACAAUGCAAUACGUAAUAAUAGAAAAGAAACAGACAGAAUUACAGCAAAUAUAUAUAUAUAUUAAAUAGUUAAAUUAAAUAAGUCAUGCAAUAAAAUAGAAAUAAGAAAGUAGUGAGGUGGUGUUCAUGGGCUCAACGUCCAUUCAGAAAUUAGGUGGCAGAGGGGAAGAAGCUGAUCCUGAAUCAUCGAGUGUGCGCCUUCAGGAUUCUGUACCUCCUUCCUGAUGGUAGCAAUGGGAAGAGGGCAUGUCCUGGUUGAUAGUGGCCCUUAAUGAUGGACGCCACCCUUUUAAGGCACAGCUCCUUGAAGAUGUCCUGGAUAUUAAGGAGGCUAGUUUCCAUGAUGGAGCUGACUAAUUUUACAAUUAGUGCUAGUGAGGCCAAAAAUAGGAAAAUUAUGUAGUUUAACAUGUGGCUAAGAAGUUGGUGUAAGAGAGAGGGCAUAAUAUUAUUGGAUCAUUGGUCUCUCUACCAGGGAAGGUGGGAUCUGUACAGAGGGACUGUUUGCACCUGAACUGGAGGGGGAACUAAUAUCCUAGCGGGAAGGUUUGUUAAUGCUGCACGGUGGGGUUGCAGAGUUGCACGGGGAUGGGAACCAGAGUGCCAGAACAAUUAGUGGAGAGGUUGUGGAGGCUGAUGUUGGUAAGACCUCAGACAAAGUUAGGAAUCAAAAGGUUGAGCAUGGUGUGACAAAAUUGAAAAAGAUGAAUACAGGACUGAAAGUGUUAUAUCUGAAUGCGUGCAGUAGAUGAACAUGUAGCACAGCUGCAGAUUGGCAGGUAUGAUGAUGUAGGCAUCACUGAAUCAUGGCUAAAAGAAGAUAACAGCUGGGAGUUUAAUGUGGAAGGAUACACAUUGUAUUGAAAGAACAGGCAGGAAGGCAGAGGAGGUGGCAUUGCUCUGUUGGUAAAAAAUGAAUUUCUGGAAGCAAUUUGGAAGGUACAGGAUAUAUACAUCCCAAAGAUGAAAGAGGUCAAAGCCAACAUAAAAUCCAAAAAGAGGGCGUAUAAUAGAGCAAAGAUUAGUGCAAAGCUAGAGGUUUGGGGAGCUUUUAAAAACCAACAGAAGAUAACUAAAAAAAUCAAUAAGAAGUUAAAGAUAGAAUACGAAAGUAAGCUAGCCAAUAAUAUUGAAGAGGAUACCAAAAGUUUCUUCAGAUACAUAAAGUGUAAAUUAAUAAAGUAAUAAAGUGUAAAGUAAUAAAGAUACAUAAAUUUAGAUCACGGGUUAGAACAAAGAAAAGUACAGACAGGAACAGGCCCACCGGCUCACAAUGUUGCGCCAAACCAAUUAAAUUGGUCAUCAAAUGGCCAACUAAACUGUUCUCUUCUGCCUAUAUCUCAUAUCCUUUCAUUCUUCUCAUAUUUGUGUGCCUAUCUAAACAUGUCUUAGAAGUCUCUAAUGUUUGUACCUCUACCACCACCCCAGGCACCCACCAGUCUGUGUAAAAAUACUUGCCCUCACAGCUCCUUUGAAAUUACCUCCUCAACUUAAAUGCAUGCCCUCAGGUGUUUAAGAAGGCUUUUUGUUGAUUCAUAGCAGGAAGCCACUUAAGAGAUUUGGUUUGGAAACUGACACGGCAAUCUCUUUUAUUGACACUUGUAACAUGCUUUAUCAUUCAAUGUCCUAUCCAUUGAUCCUUUAAGGUCACCAAAUCUAGCCUCUGGAUGUGGGACAUUCUGGUUCUGUACCAUUGUAACUACUGCGAGGAAGAAAAUAAAUAAAUAUUCAUGCUCGUCAACUUGCUUUAAAAUUGUUCCUUUCUGACUAAGGAAUCAUUUUACAACAAAUUCUCAAGAACAGAACCCUUACAUAAUCCAGAGGCUGCCUGUACUGGGGCAGUGGUCUCCAAGUCAAGGCCACAUCGGGGAUCCCCAGGUAAAAGAUUACCUCACUUAUGGAAAUCUGCCUUUACAAAAAUUUUGCUAUACAAUUUUCAAGGUAGUAAGAAAGAUAAAAUAUUUUGUGAUACUCAUUGAAGAUUGGAUACAGUAUACAAUAUAUUCUAUUAGUUUAAUUAUGGGUAGUGUCAGGGUAAAUAUCCAAUGAAAUGGAAGAAUUAUACCAAGUGUAUGUAAAGAGAUACAAUUUGGGUUGAUACAGAAAAUGAACAUGGAGGAAUCAGGUUAUGGACUGUUCUAAGGAAUGGAAACCUUACAUAACUUGGGGACAACCUAUAUUUACAACUGAAUUGAACUAGUGACCUGCAGGCAUCAGAAUGAUUUCCCAGCACUAUGCACUGAUAUCAAGCCCAAAAGUUUUCCUCCUGUCUACAGUCAAGCUGCAAGAUACCAGCAGCUGGGAAAGUAAUUUUAAAAAACUUAUUUUAAAAUUAGUGUUCACACCACACUCUGGUAGUGCCAAAUAUGCUCACUGAAAUCCUUUGAAAUGCCCAUUCCUUGCUGACACAGUCACAAUGAAGCGCACAUAAGAUGCUGGAGGAACUCAGCAGGUCAGGCAGCACCUAUGGAAAUGAGCAAAUAGUUGAUGGUUCAGGCCGAGCCUUUCAUCCACAGUGAUAUGGUUUUGGAUUCAGAAUGGUGUCAAGCCCUCCCAGCCCUCCUAUAGUCAUGUGUCUAUUGUAUAUUUUAUUGCAAUGAAGGUAGAACUGGCAUUCAUUGUUUUAAGAGAAGAGUUACUCUUUGAGUUAUUCCUUAUUGUGAAUCAGUGUCUCCUUAAAUGUGAGUACCAUGGAAUAUAGGUUCUUUUUAAUAAUCUAACUUCAUAUGUUGUAAAUUUCAAAUACAUGUAUUUUCCUCCAGGCUAGUUUUAGAUAUUAUGCUGCAUCUAGGGAUCCACAUAAACCUGCCUUCAACUGAAAAGUCAGAUUGUAUUAAAAGGAGAGGAAAUAACAGAAAAUAAAUGCUGUGCCUUGGUCUGUCUUGCAUAGCUGACAGAAUAUGGGCAUUGUGGUGAAUUCAGUAGAUACAAAGGAUAGGUAUGUAUGCAAUAUUUCCAGUUUCAGAAAGACAUGGCUGAUUGCAAGCUCCACAAGCCCCUAUUUCUGCAAAGACUAUUAUUCUGAUCUGCACUGUGCUUGCUGGCUUCUCAUUUGCUUCUGCACGUAUUCUUUGAUCAUGUCCUUACUUGAUGAUGAUUGUUUUUAUUGAUGAUCUUUAGCACAGAUGAAAAUACUCUGUAAUAACGUGUAGAUUGUGAAUGCAGGCAAGUAUUAACAUGGUUUUGCCUGCCAGUCAGUACUUUGAAUAUCUAUGUCAAAGGCAAUCAUUAAUUUAAUGUAAAAAUAACAUUGUUACAAAGACCCAAUUACAAACUUACAGAACUAAGAUAAGUGCCUGGUUCUGAAGCCUGCUCAGUCAUUUAAUAAGAUAAUGAAACAUUUGAUUGCACCUUCAACUCUGCAUUCCCAUCUAGCUGUGGUAACUUUCCACAUCCCACCCAGACUUUAUCAAGAAUCUAUCUAACUCUGGCUUUAAAAUAUUUAAAGACACUGCUUCCACCAACCUGCGAAGGACAGAGUUCCAAAGACUCAUGGCCUUCUGCAGGGAAAUAAAUUGUGUCAUCUCUAUCAUAAAUGGGAAUCUCCGACUCCCUGUAAGAGGAAACAUUCUCUCCACAUCCAUUUUGUGAAAGUUCCUCAGGAUCUUAUGUGUGUCAAGUCCCCUCUCACUCUAUUAAACUCCUGAGAAUCUCAGCUAGCCUGGUGAGCAUUUCCUUGUCAGGUAACCCACCAACCUUCUCUGAAAUAAGGAGACUGAUACUACGGGCAAUAUUCCAGAUAUGACUUUGACAAUAUAGACAUUCAGAAACCUGCCUUCCCUAUUUUAUAUUUAAUUCCCCAAGCAAUAAACAACAAUUACGUACCAGAAAUAUCUGCACACUCACUUUUUGGAAAAGAUGUUACAGAGCUCAGGACAUCCUAAAGCUCUCAGCAGCCAAUGAAGUUGUUCUGAACUAUAGUCACUGUUAUAAAUGAAGGAAACUUGUUAGUCUGUUGCACACAGAACAUUUCCGUUAAAAUAAAACAAUACUGCCUAUUAAGUGACAUUGGUUGACAGAUAAUGUUGGCUCAGGGAAAGGAGCAUAUACCUUAAUCUUCUUUAAAAUAGUACCACAGGAUUCAUCUGACAGGUUUCAUUUUAAUGUCUAAUCAGAAAGAUGGAUAUAGGCAGAUGUGAAGUAAGGUGCAACUAUUCUCCUUUGGACCUAUACAUAUUUUAGAGAUCACAAGUACGAUGAUAAAAAUCAAACAUGUUUCAAGAAUGGUAAUUUUUUUAAUACUGUAUACGUCACUGUUCCAGCACAACAUCUUUAUCAUAGGCAUCUUACCUGCUGAAUUCUAACCCCCCCCCCAAACCCCUUCCUCAUGUAGCCUCUGGAUGGCACAGUAGCAUAGUGGUUAGCACAACCUGGGUUCAAUUCCUGCUGCUGUCUGUAAGGAGUUUGUAUGUUCUCCACGCAACUGGGUGGGUUUCCUCCGGGUGCUCCGGUUUCCACCCACAGUCCAAAGAUGUACUGGUUGUGAAUUGUCCUGUGAUUAGGCUAAGAUCAAAUCAGGGGAUUGCUGGGUGGUGCAGCUCAAAGGGCAGGAAGGGCCUAUUCCACGCUGUAUCUCAAUAAAUAAAUAAUAAACAUAAUAGUGUUAAUCUUGCUGAGUUGACAGUUAAGAAUACCAAGGCUAAUGUGCAUUACUGGAGGUGGGCAGUUCAUCAAAUUAAAAUCAGUGUGGUUAAAGAAAAGACAGCACUUUGCUUUGUUCUAAUGAAUCAAUUACUCUGUUAAAUAUUGCAACAUCUUAAACUCAUGAAAAAUUAAAGUUCAAGUAAACAUAAUUUACAUGGAGCAUAAUUAUACAAUAUAAACUAGUGUUGUAGUAGUCUUUCAAAGUAUGCUUUGUGAGUAUAUUUAAAUUAAGUAAGCUCUGUAUAAUUGAGAAAAUACAUACAAGUAAAUAUUUUUUGUCUACCUAUGGAAAAAUGUGACUCAAUUAGAAGAUUGGAAUAAUAAUCGAACUUAGCAGUUUGCAGACUCAAAGUACAUCAAGAUAUGUACGCUUUCUCUGUUUAAAGUUUUUGUCAGAGGCAAGAUUCUCUCAAUUCUAAGCUUUCAUUCUGCAAUAUGUUAAAUUAGCAAGGACACGAGGAAAGACAAGCUUCUCGUGGAAGCCUUGCAGGUUAACUUUGUUUGCAUUGUGUAAAUAACAUGAUCUGUAUUUUCUUAAUAUUGUAUAUUUAAUAUCUGUAAAUAAGGAAGUUUCCCUAGAUGGAAUCUGCUAAUGGUGACCUGCACUGACGAGAUGGGGAGUUCCUGCAAGGUUUGCAACCUAUUCUAAAUGUAAAUUUUCACAAUAUAGCCGGUGUUUAUUUAGAGAAUGCAAGCAGAGUAUUACAAUAAUUUGUGUAAAGAGUAUUUUCAUAAAAUAAAUGAG